AUGUGGAAAGUCUUGUGCUUGGUGACCGUCGCGGCGCUGGUCGGACCCUCUUUCCAGCGGGCACCGGUACUCAUCACGGUCAACCACUCCGAGGGCAAGCCCGGCGAUCUCAGCCAGUCGGCGUUCGCGGAUUACGUCAACUGGUGGCAAAACAUUAUCGGCAUCAUCAACCACACCGAAGAACCCGCCGCCGAGCCGCCCAUAACGCCGAUCGACCAGACCACGUGCACCCCGUGCACUUGCGGAGCGUUGGGCAAGAAGAACAGAAUCGUCGGAGGCACCCCCACGUACAUGCACCAAUACCCGUGGAUGGCCAUGCUCACGUACAAGGGCAAAUUCUACUGUGGAGCGACGGUCAUCAAUCACAAAUACGUCAUGACGGCCGCCCAUUGCGUGCACGGAUUCGAAGCGAAAAACAUCGGCGUGCGACUUUUGGAACACGAUCGUAGUGAUACAGAAGAAGCGAAACACAUCGACUUCAAAGUGGUGAGGGUGAUCAAACACAAGGGGUAUAGCCCGACGUCUUACAACAACGACAUCGCACUGUUGCGUAUGGAAACCGAUGGGGUGGAAUUCGGACCCAACACCGGUAUUCAUCCGGUCUGUCUGCCGACCGAAGGCAAGAGUUUCGCUGGCUACGAGGGCGUCAUCACCGGUUGGGGAGCCAAGAAACAGGGAGGUUCGUCGUCGCAGGUACUGCACGAGGUGUACGUGCCGAUCAUGAGCAACGACGAUUGCAAAAAGACGGAAUACGACGAGAAACGCAUCACGGCCAACAUGAUGUGCGCCGGAUAUCCGGAAGGCAAAAAGGACUCUUGCCAAGGCGACAGCGGCGGCCCCAUGCACAUCGCCAACAACACGGCUUAUCACAUAGUCGGAGUGGUAUCCUGGGGAGAAGGAUGCGCCCAGGCCAACCGACCAGGCGUGUACUCCCGAGUGAACAGAUACCUGAACUGGGUGGCCAACCACACGGUGGACGCCUGUCCGUGUACGAACGUUUACACUCCGCCGGAAUAA